CGCACAUAUAAGUGUUAUUUCCAUCCAUUAUUCAUGGCCUUCACUUUACCCUUUCUUGUUUUAUCCUGACUCGAGUCGCGACUGAUUUCUAUAUUACCACUCACUAAAGAAUUCUGCCGGCCCCACAAAAUUUCAGGUACAAAUCAAGUCGCUUCCGCUCCUGCCCUUCUCUCUUUUCUGUUCUCUCUCCAACCUCUUCCACCUUGCAAACUCUCUUAUUCCCAAUCCCACCCAGCACCACCACAGCCUCAAGUGGGUUCAACUCCCCUGGUCCGAUUCACAAGCACUCAUGGGACAAAUCCCACCCUGGCAAAUCGACCAAAGAGGAUGUCAAACAGAACCCCAUGACGGGGAUAUAUUCUCCGCUUGUCGACGAUUUGCCGCACUACGAACCGUUGAUUCCGCUCCCUGCUGCCGCCAAAACAAGACGGCGAUGACCCAGAAAACUCCAUCCCCCGAUCCCGCUGGCGAUUUUGCCAUUUCGGAUCCGAUGACUCCCGUCAGCGGACCCAUCAUUCAAGUAAGCCCACACCUCUGGUGUCGCAGCGCACUCAUUUUCUUUCUUUUCUUCGACAUGCUGCCUGUGUCGUAUAUCACGUCGACGCAAAAACGGGGAGAAUUUUCGAGCGAUUUUACUGCGGCAGCUGCCAUUUCUCACGAUGGCGGUUGGAGAUCCAUUAUAAAUCUUUCCUCACCGGACCGCAGGACUCUUGUUUGCUCCAUCCUCUACAGUUCCGAACCGAUUGAACCCUGGCAACAGCGACCGCCAUUCCAAACGUCCCCUACUUUGGGGACGGACGGUACCCUGGGGUGUCUGUUUACAGCGGCAGAGGUCCAAUUACUCUGGUUGACUCGGUGA